CGCUUAAAGCUAGCUAAAAUGGCUACUGUAUAAAUAUCGGAGCUAAUGUUAACUGAAUGGUAAACAGUCGUGGAUAAUCGUUGGGACAGCGCAGCUCGACCUGUCCAGCCUCAGAUAUACUAUAUCUAUGACGGUUUCGUCAAGAACGCUAACUACAAGCCUACUUACUGUUCACAUAUGCUGAGAGCUACAACCAUCUGAGCGAUCUUAUCGAUCAGCCUUGACUUUAUGAUCAUGGAUCUGGAGUACCAGCGGUGGCCGGCCUUGCGAGGCCCGCAUUUCCCGCCCCAUCGGUUCUAACGGAAAGCCGAGAGCCGAGCCUCCUGGUCUCCCCGACCGCUUGUGAGUUGACCCUUCCCAGUCAGGUGAUGGGUCAGCCUUGCUGUUUUCGCCAAGCAAUGCGCACUGGUAUAAAGAGUCAUCGACUUUCCACUUUGUAUCAACACCAUAUUCGAACAGACAAGCAAAGCAGAAAAUGCACGAAACUGAAGUCCUCAUCGUCGGCGCAGGCCCCACCGGCCUGGUCACGGCACUUUGGCUUUCGCGCCAAGGCAUCAAGGUCCGCAUCACCGACCGAGCGAAACGCACCGCCACAACCUCCCGCGCGCUGGCAGUCCAUGCUCGGACUCUCGAACUGUAUCGACAAUUGGACCUCGGAGAUCGGCUGGUGGCCCUGGGCCAUCCGUUGGGGGCAACGAACAUCUGGACACAGGGAGUGCAUCGGUUUCGCAUCCCCUUCGGUCACUUCGGAAUGGGCCUGACGCCGUAUCCGUAUAUCUUGAUUGUUCCUCAGGAUGUGCAAGAGAGAUUGCUGGAAGAGCGGUUGAAAGACUUCGGGGUGGAGGUGGAACGGAACAUGGAGUUGGUGGAUUUCGCGAAGAACGAUGGCGGAGUGGUGGCGCGGUUCAGGGACCCGAGAACACGGAAUCCCUCGCUGAUGGAGUCGAGCGAAGUAGCAGAUGACCUCCAGACGUGUGAAGCCGCAUACAUUGUCGGGUGCGACGGCGCCCAUUCCGCGGUCAGGCACACGGCAGGGAUCAAGUUCACCGGCGAGACGUACGGUCAAAUAUUCUUUGUCGCCGAUAUCGAGGGCCAAGGGCCUGCCAUCAACGGCGAAGGACACCUCCAACUCGACGGCGAUGUCACAUUCCUCACUCUUGCCUACGACUCUAAGAGACAUGCGCGACUGAUAGGCAACGUGGAUGGGAAGCAGCUGGCUGACAUUCAAGCGAAGGAGGAUAUUUCGAAGGUCAAUUUCGAGGACCUGGCCCUCGCCACACCAGCUAUGCGCCAGAUGAUGCAAAUCGACAAAGUGAACUGGUUCACGGCGUAUCGAGUUCAUCACCGCGUGGCCGACAAGUUCCGGAGCGGUCGCGCGUUUCUCGUUGGGGACGCUGCCCAUAUCCACAGUCCAGUCGGAGGACAGGGGAUGAACACAGGCAUCGGCGAUGCGAUCAAUCUCACUUGGAAGUUGGCUACUGUAUUACAGCGAAAGGCGGAUGCAUCACUCCUAGAUACCUACGAGUCGGAGCGACGAGCCUUUGCGCUGACUCUCGUCGAGACGACCGAUUCGGCCUUCAAUAAAUUGGCUGCCAGAGGCUGGCUGGCCAAUUUCAUGCGCAGUUAUCUCAUUCCGUUUGUCGUGAAGCUUGCAGUCAAAUUUGGCUUCGUUCGUCGACGGAUAUUCUUCGGCUUGUCACAGCUCAAGAUACAGUAUCAACACAGCCUGCUGUCUGCCGGGUCUGCCGGCACUAUCAAGGGUGGAGAUCGGCUACCAUGGGUGUCAGUAGGUGAGGGCGACAACUACGAAUCUCUCAAGCAAAUCACCUGGCAGGUCCAUGUGUACGGCGACUCUUCGCCUGAGCUGGUGAAAUGGUGCCAGCUGAGAAACAUCCCGUUGCAUUGCUUUAGCUGGACCUCUCAGUAUGGUCAAGCAGGAUUAGCACGGAAUGCGGCAUAUCUGAUCCGCCCCGACACAUAUGUGGCAGUGGCUGAGGCCUCAGGUAAACCCGAGCGAUUUGAUUCUUUUUUCCGCUAUACCCAGCUCAAUGUUUCCUAGUAAUCUUUUAUCCCGCCUUCUAAUGUCUAAUGUCCAAGCAUCUCAACUCUACUAAGACUAGAAUACAUACCAACCUCUUUGCCAACCA